AAGGUAUUGAAAGAGUCUCCUCUGGAGUAAAUCCCUCUCAAUCUGAUCAGUGUGUACAACUCGACUGCGUGCGCGUGGACGCUCAAGCGACAAAAACAUCAGAUUCAGCCGAAAAAUCAGUGAAGGAACUAGAAAUCAAUCCUCUACGCUGACAAUGGACUUUUGACUCGAAUGAUUAGUAGUAGGUCAUUAGGAUGGAGAUGAUGAGGAAGAUUUGUCGUCCAUUCUUCGUCCUCCUCUCUCUACUCCUCCUUCCUACGUCUUCCACUUCUGACUUCCACGCCGCACAGCCACGCUUCGUGUGCACCCCUAUUCCGGCGGACGCGGACCCCGCCUGCUUCCCCGCAGCGGGGCCGGGAGCAGCGGGAGCGGCCCACCAUCAAAGCGAGCCCCCCACCGGCUGGAUGGGAACGAGCGACGAGGCCAAGAAUACCAUCCUGCACCUCCGCGAGAGCCUCGUGCGACAGAAAGAGACCAUCCUAGACCAGAGGGAGACGAUCAGGGAGCUGACCGCCAAGCUCGCUCUUUGCGAGGGCUUCGCCAGGUCGCCUCACGACGAACGCCUGAGCGCGCCCUCGGACCACGCCUACCACGACAACCAACACGUAAACCUUAUACCGGACUCACUGCACUCUGAUGGAGCUCACAGCGCAAAGCAACAGGAGAAGGACGUCGUUAAACACGUGAGCUUAGGGGACGUGACGUCCUCGCCGGAGCAGAUGGAGAGAAUGCUGCAGGCGCUAAAGGAGAGGUUGAACAACCUGCAGAAGAGGAACUCGUCCCUGACCUACUCCAGCUCCCUGAGGGAGCUUCUGCAGAGGAAGAUUGAGACUCUGGAGGAGCAGCUGCAUCCGCACGACCACCAACACCUGAACGACCACACGGAUGACGGCAGCGACCGCGGCGGCAACCGCACCGAUAACUUUGACGAGCACAGUGACAGAAGCCAUCACGGAGAGGGAAGCCACGAUGGUGGUGACCCCGCUGGUCACGAGAACAACGAAGCAGACAGUCACAGUUACCCAUCGCAUGGAGGAUACCACGGCGACAAACUGGAGACCAUGCUCAACCAGCUUGAACUGACAGGUUCUAAGAGAAAGAACAACCCGGACACCUUCCAGCUCAAUUUCCCAAUGCGGAGCACCUACAUGUACGCGCGCAUGAAAAGGACGCUACCUCAGGAGAUCUUCGCGCUGACUCUGUGUCUGCGGCUCAAAGCCGGCGUCGGGUCCGCCAUAGGGACACCCUUCUCCUACUCUGCGCCGGGCCAGGCCAACGAGCUUGUGCUGAUCCAGUGGGGAGGGAACCCCGUGGAGCUGCUGAUUGACGACAAGGCUGUGUCUCUGCCUGUGACGCUGAGUGAUGGGAAAUGGCACCACGUGUGCGUAACGUGGUCCACGCGGGACGGACACUGGGAGGCCUACCAGGACGGCGACCUGCGGGGUUCUGGGAUCGACCUUGCCCCCUGGCAUCCCGUCAGAGCAGGAGGGGUGUUCAUCCUGGGACAGGAGCAAGACACUCUGGGAGGCCGCUUUGACGCCACGCAGUCGUUCGUGGGGGAGCUAGCCGAUGUGCAAAUGUGGUCUUCGGUCCUGAGCGGAGCCGACAUCCAGGGUCUGGUGUCGUGCGGCGGCCGCCUGACCGGCGACGUCAUCUCGUGGUCCGACUCGGACGUGGAGCUGCACGGGGGUGUGGUGAGGCGCGCCUUUGAACCCUGUCACUAAAAAAAAAAAACUGAAGUGCAUCCAAGCUGACGAAGAUAUUUAGAAAGACCAUAAUGCUGUAAUUGGGGGUCGAAGACAACAACAACAAAAAAGCCUCCAAAGUGAGAAUCAAUGCCUUUGUUUGAACUUUUUUUUGGGUUACUUUUAAAGUCUUUGUAGUUAUAUAAUGGUCUGAUUGGCCAAUAUUUGAUUAUCGGUUAGGUGCUGUGACAUAUUGUCAUGUUGUUCAUAAGUUAAAUUUACAGUUUACUUUCUGUUGUAACAAUGUGUUGACAAAAAUAUUAUGUGGAAGAUUUCCACAUAAAAUACAGCUAAACAGCCAAAGAAAUUGUCAUCAUUUUGUUAAGACUUACAUUUACUGAUGUGGAUUUUAGUCAAAGUACAUUUUAGGCAUCGACUCUUAAAAUGUAUUUUCAAGCAAAUCCUAGUUUUCUGUAAUUGACCAUGUUGUAAUUGUUGUUUUUUGAAAGUGCACUGAAUUGUGGCUGUCCUGUAUUAACUGUUUUUUGGGCCAAUUCAUUGCAUUUGCUUAUAUGCUAAUUUACUGCAAGCAGUACAAAUACAUUUUUGAAUCAUA